GUCAAAGCGGCGGCGGUGGCACGAGGUAAGCAAGAGCGAGAUGACGAGUACGAAGGAGACCACCGACAAGGAACGCGCCGAGCCUCCCUGCCCGUCGUGGGACGGAGAGGAUCUCAGCGGGUGGCCCGAGAAGAGGCAGGCGAUAGACAGGUGGAGUCGACUCACGGCGGUACCACCAGAAGAGCAGAGAGAGACGCUACUGCGGCACCUGACGAAGGAAACGGCGACGGCGACACGGCGUCUACGACCAGGGAGUGUGCAGUACGCUGGAGGGCUUCAUGCUGUCAUCAUGGCCUUGGAUACGCUUGCGCUUCCAGAGGCAGGCGACGAUAUCUUCCUGCAGCUGGAGAAGACGCUGUUCGCGGCACCGAGAUCGCGCUAUGAGACACUGACGAAGUUCACCAAUCGGAUCAGAGCUGAUCAGAAGGAGCUGGUCAGGCUGCCCCCCAACACUCUUAACGAUACGGCGAUCGGGUUUCUGCUGCUACUGGGGGCUGGCCUUGUCAAGGCGGAGCGGGGCCAGGUGCUUAUCCAGACGGGGUACGACGGUGACGCGCACAUGCUGGUGGCAAUUCUCGAGCGCAUGACCGACGACAACACGGUGACCGACAAGACGACGCCCAUGAGGACGGCCUGCCUAGCAGGAGUACGGAUAGAAGAUGGGCCAGCACCUUCCGACGGCGACGAGGAGGGCAACAUCAUCUACGACGCGAUGGCGAAACUGCUGGGCAUCGAGGGUGACGCGGCAAACGGCGCAGACGACAAGCUGGACCACGGGGAGACGCUGGUGGAGACGGAGGCGCUGGACUGCACUGCGUUGUCGCACCUCCGCCGGGACAAGGUCAAUCCGACAGGAGGUUUCGCCGCGAUGACAGAUCUGGACGACGAGGUGCGCAGCUGCGUCGUUUCGGAGGCGAGGAUGGCGUCGGUGUCAAACUUCGCUUGGCACGUCAACCUGGCGGUGGGCAUCGAGAAUUCGGGCAGACCAGGGCGGGGGGCAGUAGACGCGGCGCGCGGCUUCAACGCGAUGGGCCUCGAGACGCACGACGCGCGGGUCAGGCGCUGCAAGGGGCGCCGCGACCUCAGGCUGGAGACGAUGCCAUACUGCAAGAAGUAUCGCUUCGGGAACGACCAGGUCUGCGCCGCGACGGAGGAUGUUAUCAUCCCGAUCACGCUCGGCGAAUUCAGCGGCGUAAUCUUCGCGCGCCUGGUCAAGGGGGCCGCGCCGCUGUUUCUAUGUAAGACGUUCGUCGUUGGGCUGAAGGAAUCGUCGCGCGCGUUCCAGUCAGUGCUCGACCCCCCAGAGCAGAAUGUCACCCUUCCCUUGGCACGCGCUGGCGGCCUGCGCUUCCUGUUACAACUGGACGAUUUCGCGGGGCCGCAGGGGUGGCCUGAGAGCUGGGCGCCGCGCGCGAAGGAA